UUUCUUAAAUUGACAGCGGUCUGGCUCGAAACAUGAUAACACGAAAGCCUUCCUCUGCUCCGCGCUGUCGGGCUCCUCUCCUCAACCCCCGAUCACUUGAAACUCACGCAAGCAAGGCGUAAAGAGGAUCGCACCAGUCUCCUGUCAGCUGAGGGAAUAACAAGAGACCUUUAUAUACCCACACACACACACACACACACACACGCUCACACUCACGCUCACGCGCGCGCUCCUCACCCUCUCCUGUGCUCCAUCGCACCACAGAAUCCGGGAGAAGUGCUCGUGUUGAACUCCACACGGUGAAAGUUGAAACAUGUAUGUGCACGCUUUGAUACGCGCGAGCCUUGGAUUUGUGGGUUUCUGUUUGGUCGCUUUUGUCCAACAGUCAGCUUCAGGAAGUAAAACCACUCAAGAUGUGGAUGAGUGUGCAGAGGCACUUGACAACUGCAGCAUCGAUGCCAUCUGCCAGAACACCCUGAAGUCAUACAAAUGCAUCUGCAAGUCGGGCUAUAAAGGGGAUGGCAAACACUGCGAAGAUGUCGACGAGUGUGCAACCGAAUACAACGGCGGCUGUGUGCACGAGUGCAUCAACAUCCCGGGAAAUUACAGGUGCACGUGUUACGACGGCUUCCGCUUGGCACAUGAUGGGCACAACUGUCUUGAUGUGGACGAGUGCUCGGAGGGCAACGGCGGAUGCCAACAGAUCUGUGUCAACAUGAUGGGCAGCUACGAAUGCCGCUGCAGAGAAGGAUUCCUCCUGAGUGACAACCAGCAUACCUGCAUCCAAAGACCUAAAGCGCAACCAGAAGGCGCAAAGGAGGGACCCACCUGUAUGGACAAGAACCAUGGCUGUGCACACAUCUGCAGGGAAACGCAGAAGGGUGGCAUCUCCUGCGAAUGUCGACCUGGGUUCCAGCUCACACGUAACAUGAAGGACUGCAAAUUAACCUGUAACUAUGGUAAUGGAGGUUGCCAGCACAUCUGUGAGGAAACAGACCAUGGCCCCAAGUGUUCUUGCCACAUGAAGUUCGUCCUCCACAGCGAUGGAAAGACUUGUGUAGGUGUGCGUGUGCAUGCAGGGGAGAGGAGUGUCCAGUCCCAGGCAGCACCACAGCUGUUCCCCAAUGAGACCUGUGCAGUGAACAAUGGCGGCUGUGAUAGCACGUGUCACGACUCAGUGACAGGAGUCCGCUGCAGCUGUCCUGUAGGCUUCACUCUUCAGCCAGAUCGCAAGACCUGCAAAGACAUCGACGAGUGUCGCUUGAACAAUGGCGGGUGCGAUCAUGUGUGUCGGAACACUGUGGGCAGCUUCGAGUGCAGCUGCAAGAAAGGUUACAAGCUUUUGACCAAUGAGAGGACUUGUCAAGACAUUGACGAAUGCUCUUUUGAUCGCGCCUGUGACCACUUCUGCAUCAACUCUGCCGGCAGUUUUCAGUGUCUUUGUCAUAAAGGCUACGUCCUGUAUGGCCUGGCACACUGCGGAGAUAUUGAUGAAUGCAGUAUAAACCGUGGGGGGUGUAAAUAUGGCUGCAUCAACACUCUGGGGAGCUAUGAGUGUACCUGUCCACCAGGGUACAAACUGCACUGGAACAGGAAAGACUGUACUGAGCUUGUGAAAUGUCUUCCUGGACUGGCGGCACCAAAAGCCACUCUCACCUGCAGCAAGACGGGCAAGAAAGAGAGCUGCUCUCUCACCUGUGCGUCUAAAGCUCACUACUUGGCAGAGUCUGACAACAGCUACUCUGUCAGUUGUGGUAUCCCAAUCCUCAGAGGAAAAUCGCCUGCCAGGCUCAACUCCAGCAACAGUCAGAGCUGCAUAGAGACUUUGGCCCCUCCAGUAAAGCAGACGGCUUCUUUCAAGAUUAAAAAUGCCAAAUGUCAUCUGCAUCCUAAACUGACUGGCAGGUCGGAGGACAGGGGACGGACACUAGGACCAGGAGGGGGACAGCCCUGCAACAACUGCCUUGUAACGUUUGUCAACCUCAAGUGUGACUCCUCUAAGAAAGCUAAGGGGCGACGUGCUCGUAACCCCACAAACAAAGAGGUGACACGAAUAACACUGGAGCUGGAGGCUGAGGUCAAACCUGGAGACACCACAGGCAGUUGUAAUCUCAGCUGUCUGAGACAGCGCAUGGAGAAGCAGGUUAAGACGUACAUCAAAGCUCUGAAGAAAUCCAUCAACCAGGAGCGUUUUCUGAUCCGAGUCGCUGGUUUGGAAUACGAGGUGGCCCAGAAACUUCCCCAGGCGGCUCCUAUUCAAGAGAACUGUGGCCCGGGCUGGGAGAGGGACAGUGGUCGAUGUGUCAGAUGCUUGUCCGGGUCUUAUUACCAUGGAGAGCAGGAGCGCUGUGUCCAGUGUCCACCAGGCACUUUUCAGGAGAAGGAGGGGCAGCUGGCCUGUGACCUUUGCCCUGGAAGUGAUGGCCACGGGCCCGUCGGGGCACGGAAUAUCUCUUCCUGUGCAGGCCAGUGUCCGACAGGAUCGUUCUCCAGCGAUGGGUUCAAACCUUGUCAGCCGUGCCCUCAGGGAUCGUACCAGCCAGAUCUGGGGCGAACUCUGUGCUUCCCCUGUGGUGGAGGACUGGGCACUAAGAGGGAAGGUGCGAGCUCCUUCCAUGACUGUGAAGUCAAAGUUCAAUGUUCUCCUGGUCAUUACUACAACACAACAGUACACCGCUGUAUCCGCUGCCCAGUGGGGACCUACCAGACAGAAUUUAGACAGAACUACUGUAUCUCCUGUCCUGGCAAUACCACCACUGACUUUGAUGGUGCAACAAGUGUAUCACAGUGCAAGAACAGACAAUGUGGUGGUGAGAUGGGCGAGUUCAUGGGUUACAUUGAGUCACCUAACUAUCCCGGUAAUUACCCCGCUAAUGUGGAGUGUAUCUGGAACAUCAACCCACCCAGCAAACGCAAGAUCCUAAUUGUAGUGCCAGAGAUUUUCCUCCCCUCAGAGGACGAGUGUGGAGACGUGUUGGUUAUGAGGAAGAACUGGUCAGCUACAUCCAUCACCACCUAUGAGACGUGUCAGACGUAUGAGCGGCCUAUCGCCUUCACAGCUCGAUCCAGACGUCUCUGGAUUAACUUCAAGUCCAAUGAGGCCAAUAGUGCCAGGGGCUUCCAGAUCCCCUACGUUACUUAUGAUGAGGACUACGAACAGCUUGUAGAGGACAUAGUUCGAGAUGGAAGACUCUACGCCUCUGAAAACCACCAAGAAAUCCUCAAGGUUCGCAAAUUUUACUUAAUCUUGCCAUAUUUAUUUUGGUGUUUACUUGUAGGGUUAGCAUAGA